AUGGUAACUAAUCAAAAAAAGUGGAACUCUGAGCUCAUCUGGAAGCUGUUUAUGCCAAAAUCGUCUAUUAGGAUCCUUACAACCUACAUUCCUAAGGAGCAUAUUCAGGAUUACUUUGCAUGGAGUGAGUCUAAGCAUGGGGAUUUUAGAGUAAAGGAUGCUUUUGCAUUCCUUCUUGGGCUGAGAGGAGGCCUUGAAUCCUCUUGUAAUAAAAGGAAGUUUUGGAGUAAACUCUGGGCCUCUGAUCUUAGACCCAAAUGGAAGAUUUUUAUCUGGAGACUUCUCCAAAAAGCCCUAGCCACCAAUUGUAACUUAGCAAAGCGCAACAUUCCCAUAAGUGUUAACUGCAGCAUAUGCCAUCAAUUUCCAGAGGAUGAAAGGCACUUGUUCAGAGACUGUGAUAUUUCUUCUCGAAUAUGGUCUGCUUCUGCACUUGGAAUUAAUACUCGGUCAAGUGAAUACAUUCCAAUUGAAGUUUGGAUCCGGAAUUUUUUACAACUUUUUUGGCGGGAAGACGGCGUAAAAUCCGAGAGGGUAAGAGAGUUUGUUACUACUCUCUGGUCAAUCUGGCUUUACAGAAAUAAUGUUGUGUUUAAGAGUUUAUUCGAACACCCGUCUGUUAUACUACAAAAGAAGAACAUCCUUCUCGAAGAAUUUGACGAAAGUAAUAGAAUAAAAGGACAUCAAAUUAAGGGGGGUUUAUCUGAGUCUGACUCCCAUCAGAGGGUCUCACCCAUUCUAUAUUCUGAUCAACAAGAAGCAUGCAAAAUUUUGGUAGAUGGAGCUUGGAAGAGACAUAAGCUAAACUAUCCGAGAGCGGGAAUAGGGUGGACGGCGUAUAUGAAUGGUGAAAAGAUAUUUGAGGGUAACGCCAUAGUUUCAGCUUCUUCUUCUCUACAAACUGAAGCUCUCGCAGUGUAUCGAGGACUCUACGAAGCUUACUCAAAAGGAAUCCGUAAUAUACAAGUUCAUUCAGAUUCAACGGAGGUUGUCCGUGCAACAAAAAGUCUUCAUCAACCAGUUGAGAUCGCCACAAUUAUGUAUGAUUUCAGGGCUCUGUGUCGGAGAGUUCCUCAAUGGGGAAUAAAGAAGGUUCGUAGAGAAGACCUUGUCGCAACGCACAAUUUAGCAAUAGCGACUAGGCUAGGUAAAUUAGUUUAA